CUCGCUCCUCUGGCCUUCCCUCCAGCUCGUUCCGACGUUCCCCUCCGCCUUCGGCCGUGGCCAUGGCCGCCGCCGCCACUUUCGGCUUCCUCCACCCUCUAAUCCGGAAACCUUUAGUUCCACCACUGUACAUCCUCCCGCUUCCCACCCAACCCCACGCCAAAACGCACCCUCGCUCUCUCCCCCUCCUCUUCCUCCUCCCGCGCCGCCGCCGGGGAGGCCCCAUCGCUGCCUUACCCAACACCACAUCUUCGUCCACGAAUGCCUCUGCCUCGCCCACCUACGACGUCCGGGAGGCAGAGGCCGCCGUCGCGGAUCUCCUCCGCGAGGGCGGCGCCUCCGCGGACGACGCCGCCGCCAUCGCCGCGCGCGCGCCGGCCUACGCCGCUAUGCUCGCCGAUGGCGUCCGCGAGCUGGACGAGCUUGGCCUCUGGGCGUCGUGGAGCUCCGGUGCCAGUGCUCGGCUGGGCCUCAGCGGUGUCGUCGAGAUGGAGAUGGGGAGGCUCGGUUUUAGGAGGAAGGUGUAUCUCAUGGGACGGAGCAGGCCUGACCACGACGUGGUGCCGCUCCUCGAGAGCUUGGGAGUGCGUCUCUCCUCGGCCAAGCUCAUCGCGCCUUACGUCGCUUCUGCGGGCCUUACUGUGCUGAUUGAUAGGGUUAAGUUUUUGAAGGAAAUGUUAUUUUCAAGCAGUGAUUAUGCAAUACUAAUUGGAAGGAAUGCUAAGCGCAUGAUGACAUACUUAUCAAUACCUGCAGAUGAUGCACUCCAAAGUACUUUAUCUUUUUUUGAAAAAAUGGAGGCUAGAUAUGGCGGUGUUAGCAUGUUGGGACAUGGAGACAUGUCAUUUCCUUACCUCAUUGAAUCAUUUCCAAUGCUUCUUCUCUGCUCAGAAGAUAAUCAUCUCGAGCCGUUAGUUGAUUUUCUCGAGCACAUUGGAAUUCCAAAGCCAAAGAUUGCAUCAGUUUUGCUGCUAUUUCCUCCUAUCAUUCUUUCUGAUGUUGAAAAUGAUAUUAAGCCUAGAAUUCGUGAAUGGGAGAAGGCUGGCAUUGAACACGACUAUAUUACUAGGAUGUUGUUGAAGUAUCCAUGGAUUCUUUCAACGAGUGUGAUAGAGAACUACAGUAAAAUGUUGUUGUUUUUCAACCAAAAAGGGAUUUCCAGUACAGUCCUCGCUAUUGCUGUGAAAAGUUGGCCACAUAUUCUUGGCUCCUCUUCAAAAAGAAUGAAUUCAGUUUUGGAGCUGUUUCGUGUUCUGGGCAUCAGUAAAAAAAUGGUGGUUCCAGUCAUUACAUCAAGUCCACAGUUAUUACUGAGAAAACCUGAUCAGUUUAUGCAGAAUGUUUUGUUUUUUAGAGAAAUGGGUGUUGAUAAGAAAACAACAGGAAAAAUUUUGUGUCGUUCGCCUGAAAUAUUUGCUUCAAAUGUGGAUAACACUCUCAAGAAGAAAAUUGACUUUCUUAUCAACUUUGGUGUUUCUAAACACCAUCUUCCUCGCAUCAUUAGGAAGUAUCCAGAACUUCUAUUGUUGGACCUAAAUUGUACAUUGCUCCCUAGGAUUAACUACUUAUUGGAGAUGGGUUUGUCUAAGAAAGAUCUGUGCUCAAUGAUCUCUAGGUUUUCCCCACUUCUAGGUUACAGUAUAGAACUUGUUAUGAAACCAAAGCUUGAGUUUCUGCUAAGAACCAUGAAGAAACCACUUAAAGCAGUUGUAGAAUACCCAAGGUACUUCAGUUAUUCACUUGAGGGGAAGAUCAAACCGCGUUUUUGGCUAUUGCAGAGUAGAAACAUAGACUGCACUCUGACAGAGAUGUUAGCAAAGAACGAUGAACUCUUUGCUGAAGAGUACUUGGAACUUGGAGGAUUGCUCGAGAAACCUGUACAAUCAAGCAUAGGUGGUUAAUUUCUGGACUUAUUUGAACCAUGCAGUGCACUAUGCUGAAGCUGUUCAGCUUUAUGCUUGGAUUGGUGAGGCUGUUUUUCAGAUGGGAGGCCACUUUUUUUUCCUGAAAACGAAGGAGAGCUGUGUUUCUUUGUAUUCAAAUGUCGUGGCUCUGAUAACCAUUGCAGUUGAAUCUCACGUUGGUAAAGGUAUUAACACUCUUUUCUGGACCGAUAAAUGGCUGCUUGGUUCCUGUAUCGGAGAUGUGGCGCCAGCUGUUCUUGCUAUGGUACCAGCAAAAAUAAUUAAAACAAGGGCUGUGGCUGACGCACUCUCAAACAACAGUUAGGUAUCAAAUAUUAAUGGAGGACUGUCCAUGAUUGGUCUGUUCAAUUUUUUCAGCUAUGGGAUGCCACACAUGAAGUUUCUUUAACCAUUGAUGAUGGUCGCCAUAUCUGGAGAUUCUCUGGUUCGGUUGAAUUCUCGGCGAUAUCGGCCUAUAGAGUUUCUUCCAUGGUUUGGUCUCCUUUGAUCCUUGGAAGCGUAUUUCAAAAACUUGGGCUCCACCUAAGUGCAAGAUUUUCAUUUGGCUAGCUGUCCGAAAUCGCUGUUGGACUGCAGACCGAUUGCCUUGGAGAGGACUGGCACACCUAGUUCAUUACGUUCUUUGCGACCUGGAAGAGGAGAAUAUUAAUCACAUUUUGUUUUCCUGUGUUUUCUCGAGGGUUCUGGUUUAGAGUUUUCUCCCGGCUGGGGUAUAUUUAUUGACCAUGUGUUGGGGUCCCAGGAGCAAUCGUUUGCAGAUUGGUGGUGAAAGGCUUGCAAAUAUCUCCCAAAAGAAAGAAAAAAGGAAGGGCAUGGAUUCAAUGAUUAUGUUGCGAAUAUGUGGAGUGUUCUGCAUGCUCUCGAAGAUGAACAACAUCUCUGGUGUCUUGCUGUAAGAGUUUUGUUCUUGUCCGGAGUGCAAGCACAGCCCCUCACGGCUCUGUCCGGAGCGAGGGUAAAGUUUGUACGGGAGGCCACUUUUCCGGUGCUUAGUAUCAAAAAGGUAAUACUUGUUCUCAUGAAAGUCACCUAACGGAAGUUACAGGUGCAAAUUUAGAUUGAUGAGUGAUGUUGUUAACUCAAUACAGCAAUGCAUUGGGUAUUGGGAAGGUGAUGAAGAAAUUAGUUUUCGCCAUACGCCUCAGUUUUACUAAUGCUUCGUUUAGAUGUCGAUAUUGGAGGUCAUGUAAUUGAAUUUGUUUGAAUACCAAAUUAAUCAUAGUAUAGUAUUGAAAUG